AUGGAGGGGAAUUCUGGCGGCGGUGGAGGAGGCGGAGGGAAUGAUGUGGAGUUGCUGUGCAAAACUUUGCAGGUGGAACACAAGCUUUUCUACUUCGACUUGAAGGAGAAUCCGCGUGGACGAUACCUCAAGAUCUCCGAGAAGACUUCGGCCACCAGGUCCACCAUCAUAGUCCCCUCCAACGGCAUCUCCUGGUUCCUUGAUCUCUUCAAUUACUAUGCCAAUUCCGAUGACCCGGAAGUAUUUUAUUUUGACGUUGGUGACAAUAGAAGGGGACGCUUUCUCAAGAUAUCUGAAGCUUCUGUUAGCAGAAACCGCAGUACAAUCAUUGUCCCUGCAGGAAGUGCCCAAGAUGAAGGAUGGGCUGCAUUUAGGAAUAUUUUGGCAGAAAUAAAUGAAGCAUCAGGACUUUUCGUUCUGCCCAAUCAGCAAAACUCCGAACCAUCGGAACACCUUGUCGGACUUUCAGAUGAUGUGGGGGUUGGGUUUAUAUCCAGUCACAGUUCUCUACCUUCCCCAGCUACUGACUUGAAUGUGGAGCGGUCUGCUGAUUUGCCACCACCACCAGAAGAAAUUAAUAACAUGGGAGUCUCCAAAAUGAUACGAGCUGAUCAAAAGAGAUUCUUCUUCGAUCUUGGGAGCAACAACAGAGGCCAUUUCUUGAGAAUAUCAGAGGUAGCAGGUGCAGAUCGCUCCUCCAUCAUCCUCCCACUAUCAGGACUGAAGCAGUUUUAUGAAAUGGUGGGUCAUUUUGUGGCGAUCACAAAAGAUCGAAUUGAAGGGAUGACUGGCGCAAAUGUUCGGACAUUGGACCCCCCUCAGAGAUGA